AUUUAAAGGGUGUCGGUAUUAACCUAUGAUGGACGGUCAGCAACGGCAUUGGAUUAUCACCGUCGAUCAUUUCAUCAGCCCUACUCCCCAUUUCCGAACAGGGAAGAGAUUCUCCAAGAACUCUGCAAAGAAGAAGAAGAAGAAGAAAAGGUGAGGUGCAGAGGAUGACGACGACGUUGACGAGAGGAGUUCAGAACUUAACAAGAAUAACUUCUUAUUUGAGGUAUUGCUUCUUUUCUUCGUUAUCACCAUCAUCAUCGUCAUCGCCGUCAUCGGGCCUUCGUGCAGCCGGUGGCUCUACCGACGUAGCCGGAGAUGAUCUGCUGUUCGCCGAAUCCACCCCUUCCCCGGCCGAGCCCGUUAUUCCCUCUCUCAUUCAGCCCCGUGUCGUCGUCUAUGAUGGUGUCUGCCACCUCUGUCACAAAGGGGUGAAAUGGGUUAUCAAUGCGGACAAGCAUAAGAAAAUCAAGUUCUGUUGCGUUCAGUCUAAGGCAGCUGAACCUUACAUGAAGCUUUGUGGCGUGGACAGAGAAGAUGUUCUCCGCCGCUUUUUGUUCAUUGAAGGCCUGGGUUUAUAUCACCAAGGAUCCACUGCUGCACUGAGGGUUCUAUCUUACCUGCCCUUGCCAUACUCUGCUCUGAGCUCAUUCUUGAUAAUCCCUACUCCAGCUAGGGAUGUUGUUUAUGACUAUAUUGCCAAGCGACGCUAUAACUGGUUUGGAAAGGAGGAAGAUUGCCUAGUUUUGCGAGAUGAAGAAAUGCUUGAGCGUUUCAUUGACAGGGAUGAGUUGUUUGGUCGGAAGCAAUCAGAUUUAUGAUUUAACUUCACACACUAAUUUUUUAUUUUUUUUAUUUUUUUGUUUUCGGCCACCUUGACAUUUUUUACAUGAAUUUGUUGUUAACGCUAACCCAAAAUAUAGUCUCUGUAAAUCUGAAUGCAGUGAGUAAAAUUCUUGGAAUUCAAAUUGUGUUACCCUUUGAUGAA